AUGGAGCUCUCCUCUUACAGAAUCCAAGCAUUCCACCCCGAUGAAAAUCAAAUCGAGCUCACUCAUGAUCUACAUCUCAUCGAGGAGCGUCGAGAGGAAGCACUUUUGCGACUCGCCGCUUCCAAAGAGAGGAUUGUGCGUUACUACAACGCCAAGGUGAGAAAUCGACCCGUCCGGGAAGGAAAAUGGGUCCUGAAGAUAAACUUCAAACACAUUCCAAGUCAUGGUAAGUUUACCUCCCCCACCCCCCAGUGGGAGGGUCCUUACAAAGUGCGUAAAGUGGUGGGACCAAAUACUGUAAAACUGUCACUCCCUGAUGGUCAAGAUAUGUCAAGGACUUGGAACACAAUGCAUCUAAGGAGAUACUUUACUCCAUAA